AUGGCCGCCUUGGCGAUUUCCCAGUGCGUUAGCCACGUGGCACGUCCCGUAUCACCGAUGACACAAUCGAAGCCAAGUGGUAGCAAGCAAGAACAGCCAAUCAGAUCUGCCCUGAUCCUCCGGAAAAGCACAAGAUGGCAGUGGGAGAAAGAGCAAACUGGAAUGACUGAUGCCGAAUUGAAAAAACACCUCCACCAAAAAGGCACCAACGUCUCAGAGCUCCUGGAGAACGAGAAAAAACAAGUGCAAGCUGUUCAAGAGAUCAUCAAGGAGCUAGAAAAGGCUGGCAUCACUUCCAGAGUGGUGACACGUCAGCAGUUGGCUCAAUUCUUGGGAGAAACCGAUUUGGUGAUUUCCGCAGGAGGAGAUGGCACCUUUUUGGCCGCGGCUUCAGUGGUUAAUGAUCAAACCCCAAUUAUCGGAAUCAAUACUGACCCAGUUGGAUCUGAAGGGCAUUUGUGUGUUGGAGGAAAAACGCCCCCGCGAAAUUUAAUUGAAAGAUUGGUCAGCGGAAAUUUAAAUUGGGUCCAGCGCUCCAGGAUUCGGGUUACUGUAUCUGCAAAGGACGGCAAGGCUUUUUCAAUUUUCUCCAUGAAAAAAUCCCCCAAAAAGAGCACCAAUCUAGCAUUAAAUGAAGUUUUCAUUGGGGAAGAUGAGGCAGCAAAGGUGUCAACUUAUAACAUCUCCAUAGACGAUUCUCAAUCAGUCAAACAGAAAUCAUCUGGGCUGAUUGUGUCAACUGGCACUGGAUCCACUAGCUGGUAUCUUGGAAUGAACAGAAUCGAUGAGAAUGCGACGACAUCGGUGCUUGAAGCCCUCCAAUCACUUGGUAUCAAUGUUCCAAUUACGAGGAAUUUGGUGGAGAAGGUUGUGACGACGGUCAAUGAGAAGAUUCCUUUCGAGCCGGAUCAUCCGAGUUUCGCCUUCUCGAUCCGUGAGCCCAUCUUCAAUGCGACUUAUAAGCGUACAGCGACACGUGGAUUCGCCAGGAAAAUUCGUCUCGAAUCCAGAUGCACAAACGGAUAUCUGGUGCUCGAUGGCUCCACAAAAAUCCCAUUUCCACGUGGCGCCGUCGCCACCAUUGGAUUCACUCUGGGGAUGCGUUGA